CGGGAAUGCAGCCCCCGCGGCGCCAGCCGCUGCUGGCCCAAUCCCACCCGCCGCCUUCCUUGCUGUUUACAACCCGGCGCCGUUCAACAUGUUCCGGCCGUUCCAUUGAUUGGGCACCUCGCCGAAUGUGGGGGAAUUUGGGGCGGCCCAUUUAUUUGGCGCCCGGGCGCGCCGCCCCUGUCCGAUGUAUUUUUGAACUUCGCCCCCUAGCCUUGCGCUGGUUUUUGGGUUGGGCGCCCCUUUGCGGCUCCGCGCGCCCGCCCCGAGCAAGCAGGGUCGCGCUUUUUUGUGUGUUCUUGUGCCGUGUGUCCCCGUGGCGCGUGCCCUUGGUGCCUGUGCCAGCCGUGCC